CCGACCACCACCUGUGCGGUCAACGCGACUAAAAUGGAACCCCGUGCGCGCGCCGGCAAAAAUGUCGGCAAGAUGAACUUUGGCCAUAAUGAGCGGCGUCAGCUUCGAGGCGACGCGGGCGGCGCAGCACGCGGGGCGGCAAAAGGUGAAAUUCGAAGAUUUUGAGUUCGCCAUGCGGCGCAACCCGCACUACAUGGGCAAGAUCCAGGAGAUGUUUGAGAAGAAGAAGGAGAUUGAGGCAGCACGCAAGGGCUUCAACAUUGAGGAUCAGCUGAUGAAGGACGCCGACAAGGAGGAGAAGGCGGCCGAGAAGGACCGGGAGAAGGGCGCUUCUAAGAGGGGGCGCAAGGCGCUCUCGUCGCAGAUGCAGGUCGGCGAGGAGGACUUGGACGAGGCGGAUGAUGAUUUGGACAUGGAGAUGGACGAGGGGAGUGCGGCGAGGAGGAGGUAGCUGGCGUGUCCAAAGCGGUUCUUGAUCUUGGUAUGCAUAGCGACGGCGUUGAAAUCGGCUUUUACGCCGGCAGGUCGGGGUAUUAUGGCUGGACAAAGGACGGC